GGAGCCAUGGACACAGAUGCUGAGAGGGAGAAAAUCACGAGGGAGAUCCAGGAGCUGGAAAGGAUCCUGGAACCUGACGCUUUAGACCUUAGUUUGGAGCUCUCGGAUUCCAGCUUGGAUUUGGAUUCCGAUGCAGAUGACCCAUCCAGCAAGGACUCAGCGAAGGAUGCAGCAGAGGCCCCCAGUUCAGAGGAGGAGCAAUGGGGCAUGGCCAGUGAGGACGAGGUGGAUGCUCCAGAGAAGGCACUUGCUGAGGACCCGGAGACAUGCUUGCAGCUGAACCUAGUAUACCAAGAGGUGGUGCGGGAGAGACUGGUGCAGCUUAGCCAGCUGCUGGCUCAGAACCGGGAGCAGCAAGAAGAGCUCACAUGUCGUCUGGCCGGCUCCAAGGGCCUGAAGGCAAGAGAAAGCCGCCAACUGCCCUCAAACAUGUACGUCGGCCAUUUCCUCAAGCCCUACUUCAAGGACCGAGUCACAGGAUUGGGGCCUCCUGCCAAUGAGGACACACGGGAGAAGUCUGCGCAAGGCAUCAAGUCCUUCGACCAGCUCUUGGUGACCAAGUGGAAGAGCCGGGAGAAGUCCCUGCUCCGGAAGGCCGUGGUGAGUGACCGUCUACAGCGCCUGCUCCAGCCAAAGUUACUGAAGCUUGAGUACUUGCAGCAGAAACAGAGCAGGGCCAACAGUGAGGCUGAGAAACAGGUGUUGGAGAAGCAAGCAAAGGAAGCGGAGAGGGAAGUGCAGGAUAUCAGCCAACUUCCAGAGGAAACACUGCUUGGAAGCCGGCUGGACAGUCACGACUGGGAGAAGAUCUCCAACGUCAAUUUCGAAGGUGGCCGUGGUGCAGAGGAGAUCCGGAAGUUCUGGCAGAACAGCGAGCACCCCAGCAUCAACAAGCAGGAGUGGUCAGAAGCCGAGGUCAGCCGGCUACUGGACAUCGCUGCUCAGCAUGGCCACCUGCAUUGGCAGAAAAUCGCUGAGGAGCUAGGGACCAGCCGCAGUGCCUUCCAGUGCCUACAGAAGUACCAGGAGCACAACCCAGCCCUGAAGCGCCGCCAGUGGACAGAGGAAGAGGACCACAUGCUGAUGCAGCUGGUGCAGGAGAUGCGUGUGGGCAGACAUGUACCCUAUCGCCGCAUCGCCUACUACAUGGAAGGCCGAGAUUCCAUGCAGCUCAUCUAUCGUUGGACCAAGAGCUUAGACCCAUGCUUGAAGAAGGGCUUCUGGACCCCCGAGGAAGACAUAAAGCUGCUUCAGGCAGUGGCCAAAUAUGGUGAGCAGGAUUGGUUUAAGAUCCGGGAGGAAGUGCCAGGCAGAAGUGAUGCCCAGUGCAGGGAUCGGUAUCUCCGGAGGCUGCAUUUCAGUUUAAAAAAGGGCCGGUGGGACUUUGAAGAGGAGAACAAAUUGCUGGAGCUCAUCGAGAAACACGGCGUGGGCAACUGGGCCAAGAUUGCAUCUGAGCUGCCACAGCGCUCAGGCGCACAAUGCCUCAGCAAGUGGAAGGUCAUGCUGCCGAGGCAGCGGCGGCCCAGGCUGCUGAGGCAGCGGCCACGGCACUUGCUACACUUGAGCUCAAGCUCUGACAGCAGCCUGGACAGCAGCUAUGAGAGCAGUGAGGAUUCGGAACCAGAGGACUCCCUAGAGUCUGGGGAUGGAGCCCAGGAACCCCAGGAGCAGCUGCCAGCCCAGCACCUGGUUCCCAACUUGGACCUGUGGAUGCCUGCCCGGCGGAGCACUGCUGAUCUGGGCGGCACUAUCUUAGCCUCCAGCCUAGCACCCUGUGGCAGCAGCGAUGCCGCCUCCACUGCUCCCAGGGUGCCCCCCUCAGCAAAGGCCACCUCCAUCCCACCAGGCACUGGGAUCCCAGGCUCCACACACGCGCACCCCACAAGCCUGGGGUUGGUGGCUGAGGAGCCGAGACUGAGGCAGCAGCUGGGAGGCCAGACUGGGCCUUGUGUGGCACAGUGUAGAAACCAGACCCUCAGGAAGGGACAUACCCUGCAACAGCGACUCCUGUACCGCCAGUUGCUGACGGCUGUGAGCCCUUGGGUGGGCAAAGUCACGCUGCCCCCCACACCCCAGAGACCGGCUUUGCACACCCGAGCUGACAGAAUCAGGGAGCAGCUGCAGGACAUCCGACUCGCCAGUACACCUGUCUUCACACUCCUCAUCCAGCUGUUGCAGAUUGACACUGCAGGCUGCCUGGAGGUGGUGCAGGAGAGGAAGGGGGUGCCUAAACUGACGCACAAGGUGCUCACAAGUGCCCAGGAUACCACAGACAGCUGCUCUCCACCAGCGCCAGCCAAAGAUGUGUCAAAAAGCAAUGACCCCAAGGGCACAGGGAUGCCACGAACUGUAGCCCCUGCCACUCCCAGUGGGCCCCGGUCCAAGUCCAAGACAGUGUUUGAGCUGCUUCGGGAGAAACGGCGCCGCGAAGCUCGAACCCGCAGAGCCGUCCAGCACCCCGCACCACUGCUGAUACUCCGUCCCCCGUUCACCCUGUCUACUCCCAGCCCCCCAACCCCACUGCUGUGUGGCUCAAGGAACCUCUUGCCACAGGCUCCGGGGCUCGUAAUAUCAGCUUCUAGCCAGCUACUGCCAGGCCCCCUGGGCCUGUCUCAGACCCCCAUCACAUGCCAGGAACAGGGCUUACCUAAACCACUGACCUUCCUCCCGGCCACCCCCAGCCCCAUGCAACUGCCAGGCUGGGCCCUAGGUGUGACACCGGCUCAGAGCAUCCCCAGUGCCGGGCCCCACGUGACCUCCAGUGUCCCCCUGCCCGCCACCUUGGUUCUCACAGCACAGGGGCUGCUGACUGUUCCCACCGUUGUGGGCCUGCCUGGGCUGGCAGCUGCCUCAGACCCCAAAGGACUGUUACUUGCCCCAUUGUCCCCCCUAACCAAGCCCCAUGCCCCAAACCAGCUGCAGCCACCCCCAGCCAGCACAGACCGGGGGCCAGAGUUGCCUGCCAGGACAGAGGCUUCCCAGAUCCCUGAGGUCUCCGUGGCCAAGAAAUUGGCAGCACCUGGUCCCCUGCAUGCGGCCACCCACCCUGAGGCCGAACGCCCUGACCCUCCCCUCAGCAUACCUGGUGAGCCCCCCACUAAACCCCCACAACCUCUGAGCUCAGAGAAGCUGCCCCAGCCUGAGUCACUUAAGGGGGCCUUGGACCUGGGCCUGCUGUCCAAGGAGACUGAGGCCGAGGAGUGGCUGGUGGGACAGCAGGGUCUGCAUGCAGCCCCUCUGUGGAACUGCCUACCCUACCAGCCCCCAGAGCUGUGCAGCCUGAGGGCGCUGGCAAGACUCCUACUGCGCAAGGCAGCAUUGGAGCACAGGGCUGCAGCGCUGGCGCCCAAUGAGGCAUUGCCCACGACGCUGACCAAGGUGCGGGCCCGUCUGCAGCACAGCCCUGCAUACCUGCUGCUCCGGAGCCGCUUCCUCGCCACCUUUGCCCUUCCUGCGCUGCUUGCAACGCUGCCCCCCAAUGGCGUCCCCACUACGCUGUCAGGGCCAGACCCCGAAUCUGAGGAAGAUGAGGAUGACUACAAUGGACUGGAGGAGCAGGGGCCUCCCACCAACCUUGGGGCAGCCACUCCCAGGGAGGACUCGGAGGAUUCUGAUGACGGGGAUGUACUGAGGACGCAGCGGACCCGGCAUGCACGGAAGCGCAAGAGGCUGGUGUGAGCUGCGGGGCACCCAGGUCCGUGAGCUACCUGACAGACUGUUAGGCUACCCCUACGGGCAGCGAGGGGGGGGGAUCUCAGAAGCUAUUCCCCACCCCUCCUCCUGCCCCAGCACCAGCUUGGUGAUGCCACGGACCUUCUCCCUAUGCUCGUUCCUCUACAUCCAUCCCCAUCACGUCCUCUGAGUCCGCAAGAGCCACCCUGAUUCUGACCACUGGGUUCACAGAGCUCUGGUCCUGCCCCUAAGUGCUAGGUUCUCUGGAACCCAUGUCUGGCUCGGGUCCGUGGAUUCAGACCGAGGUUGAGGCUCAGUGGCACCACUACUGGGGUGUGUUGUAUUCCAGGCCAGCCCUGCAUGGAC